AUGAGGCUGACGUGGGCAACCACUCUGGUUGCUCUAUUACUCACCUCAACCCCUUUCACUGUCGCACAAGACAUACACUGCGACAAGAACAAGCCCUGCGAGGUUGGUUGCUGCGGUACCAACAAUGUCUGCGGGACUGGUCCAGACUACUGCAGCAAGGCCAAGUGCAUCAACAGCUGUACCUACAAGGCUGAAUGCAAUCCAGGCAAGUGGGACUCGCAGUACUUCAAUGCUACCAAGUGUCCCCUCAAUGUGUGCUGCAGCAAGUAUGGCUUCUGCGGUACUACCGAGGAGUUUUGUGGUGAAGAGACUGUCAAGAGACCGUCUUGCGACAUUGGCUCUCAGUCAGUCAAGCGUGUGAUCGGUUAUUAUGGCUCUAGUGGUGCAACACGCGAAUGUAACCCCAUGAUCCCCGAGGCUUUCCCCCAGGGUAUCUACACCCACAUCUACUUUGCAUUCGGUAGUAUAGACCCCAAAUCGUUCAAGGUCGUACCCGCCAAUGCAGGAGAUCAGCAACUCUACUCUCAACUCUCUUCACUCAAGACUCGAGACUCUGGUCAAGAGCUUUGGCUGUCUAUUGGCGGCUGGACCUUUUCUGACAAAGGCUCUCCAACAGCCACGACCUUUUCAGACCUGGUCAACGCAGACGAGACCCGUCAGAAUGUCUUUUUUGCCACUUUGACGCUGUUUAUGCAGACCUGGGGCUUUACUGGCAUCGAUAUCGACUGGGAAUACCCAGUUGAUAUAGACCGCAAUGGCCGCAAGUCUGAUUUCAAGGCCUAUCCCAGGUUCUUGAAGCGACUCAAGUCCGCGCUCAAUGAUUACAAGUAUGGCCUUUCUGUUACCCUUCCCACUAGUUACUGGUAUCUCCAACACUUUGAUCUAGAGAACAUUGAACCAUCUGUGGACUGGUUCAAUAUUAUGAGCUACGAUCUUCAUGGCGCAUGGGAUAUCGGUAAUAAGUGGACGGGUGCCAUUGUUGGAGCCCAUACCAACUUGACUGAGAUUGAGAGCUCGUUAGAUCUUCUUUGGCGUAAUAAGGUCUCUCCGUCCAAGGUUGUGUUGGGCUUGGCAUUCUACGGUCGAUCUGUUACACUUGCAACUUCUUCUUGCUCCGAGCCAGGCUGCCCAUAUCUUUCAGCUGGAGAUGCUGGGUGCAGCGGUGAAGCUGGAAUCCUCUUCAACAGUGAGAUUUCAGAUCUUAUUCGUGAAAAGAAGCUCAGGCCCAAGCUAUACAAGGACGCGGCCAUCAAGACGAUACAAUGGAACAACGACCAAUGGGUCUCGUAUGAUGACAGGGAUACUUGGAAGCUCAAGACCAACUUUCUCAAGUCUCAGUGUCUCAGUGGAGUCCUGGUAUGGGCCGUCGACUAUGAUGACGACAAGCAUACCUACUCCAAGGGGCUUGCAGCAGCACUGGGCAUUAAGAUCAACGUUGACUCUGGCACCGGCUUAGAAAUCAAGCUUCCCUCUAAGAAGGAUAGUUCCAACGACUUUUGUUACUUUACCAACUGCGGCCAGACAUGUCCCAGCGGUUAUACUGAGAUCGUCCGCGGUGACGAUACCUCGCAGAUUAUGCUCGACUCGACGCAGUGUCUCGAUGGUUCGGCUGAGACACAGACCUUGUGUUGUCCCAAGUCCUCCAAAGUGCCAAAAUGUCAAUGGAGAGGUCACAGCAACUCGGGCCAUUGUACUGUUGGGUGCAACUCCGGCGAGGUCGAGAUAGCCACCCUUGCCACAGGCUGCAAACACUCGGGGUGGCAGUCAGCUUGCUGCGAGGCUACUGAGUCCACCAAACCUUGGUCGAAAUGCAAGUGGACGGACCUCUGCUUCGACGAUGAUACGUGCCCUUCUGGAUACUCUUCACUUGUUGCAAAGUCCCGAGAGGGUUGGAGCGGCCGUCGCUCAUGCAAGAACGGCAAGCAGUAUAACUACUGCUGCACUGAGACUCCCAAGGCAUUCAAGAACUGCAAGUGGGUUGGUGAUGCAGUCAAACUACUCAACGAGAAGUAUUGUAGCGACGCUUGUCCGCAUGGAUCUACUCGCAUUGCUGAGCAACAAGUCAAAACAUUGUUUAACGCCAACAAGCCAGCCAACUCCAUGGAUUGUGUGGAUGGCGCCGAGGCCUAUUGCUGCGCUGGCGACAGUGAGUCUGACAAAGACGAGAGGUCCAUUAUCGUGUACCAGGACAAGGAUGCAAAGGAGUUUGACUAUGCGCUGCGAAGGUUUCUCAGAGACCCUGUCUGUCCCGACGAAGAGGUUCAGUUCGGUAGCGAUGAUGGGCUCAGCAGUGAUGAGGGGAUCAGCGCACGAAGUCAUCUCCAGGGACGCGCCACAGACAAUUCAGCAGUUCUAUCUGUGCUCCUCGGCAUAAUGGGAGUUUGGGUUACGUCUCAACACCCACGACAGGAUUUGACAGAUAUUUACAAUAGGGACGUUAGGGAGGCAGGGUUUGCCGAAAAUGCUGCUAACCUCACCACGUUUACUCAUCUGCUGUAUCAGAACGACUGGAAUGGUCGACCAAGGUACUCCGGCAGAGCUGUCGCCAGAAUGACACUCUGCAAUCUGGCCGAGUCGAGAGAAGGUUUGGAGAACCUAGCUACUCUUCCAGAAGCUCUAUGCGAGGUUCCGUCGAGCACUGGCUCUGAAGCUCGCAAGCGAAAUCUUCAGGCUCGGACGAUCAACGUCGCGGUUAUAGAUGAUCGGGGUGGUACGAACGAGAUCCAGCCAAGCGCUGCAUAUAUUUUCACAGCAAUCCAACUUGGACAUCUAAGCUUGCACUAUAUGCGAUGGAUCUCAACUCGUAACCAACAAGUCAUUCUUGAGGUAGCUUACUGGAUUGGACCCUCUCCCGGUGUGGAAGAUCCAGCCAACUCGUACCGAAACCUAUACCGCGAUCGGAGUCACGUGAAUGCAGCAGAUCGAUGGGUCAUCAUUCACUUCCACAUCCCAUUAAAUGACAACACCUUCUGGACUGAACCGAACGGUGUAAACGAUUACUACCUUGGUGUCUCGUCCUUCGGCAUGUAUCACAGUCAGAGCGUGCAUCAAAUGAGACCCCCCCGAGGUUACCGAGGACCUAUUGAUGACCGAGCCGAGUGGAUAUACAGCAGCUCAUAUGCUCACGGCACAUUGAACGUUGGAGCUUUCACUGACUACAACCGGCGAAGGGAACCUUUUAACUGCAGGCUUUCACGUCCAGGUCCAAGUGCAGGGCCUGUAUUUUAUCUGGGCCGUGACUAUACUUCUCACAUCCACGAUCUAAGAACAGCUGGCCGGGAUACUGCCUUGGCUUCUUUGAUCAAUGAUUUUGGCCAGCACAUUCAUCAGGCGGGCAUUUUCAGAUCAAUUAACCUCGCGAGGAUAUGGCCUGCGGCCGCGAAUGGAAACUUGCCUGCAGCAGGAAGCAACUGGGGUUCUAGACGAUACGCCCCUGUUGCAGACGCUUUCCAUAUCAACUUUGACCUUGAUGGAGUUCGGGUAAGAAAUAUCCAAAACUCUGAUCCGUAA